AUGCUGGCGGCGCGCACGGGCACCGUGGGUGCCAAGGGCGCCGAGGAGACGCCCAAGGCGCGGAAGCCGUCGGUGCUGUCGCUGGGGGGCCGGGAGCGGGGCCCGGCGCAGGCGGCGCGUGCGGCCCCGCAUGCCCGCGCCGCGAAGCCGCUGCCGCAGCCCGCGCGCCGCCUGGCGCUGCUGCGCGAGCUCGAGAUGAACUGGUACCUGGAGCUGUGCGGGCUCGCGCCCCGCCACACCGUGGCCCACGCCACCGGCAUGCCCCACAGAAACCUUGGCAAAUCCGGCCUGCGCGUCUCGUGCCUCGGCCUGGGGACGUGGGUCACGUUCGGAGGGCAGAUCUCGGACGAGGUGGCCGAGCAGCUGAUGACCAUCGCCUACGAGAGCGGCGUGAACCUGUUCGACACGGCCGAGGUCUACGCGGCUGGCAAGGCGGAGGUGAUCCUGGGAAACAUCCUCAGGAAGAAGGGCUGGAGGAGGUCCAGUCUGGUCAUCACAACCAAACUCUACUGGGGUGGAAAGGCCGAGACGGAGAGGGGCCUUUCCCGCAAGCACAUCAUCGAAGGGCUGAAGGCUUCGCUGCAGCGGCUGCAGCUGGAGUACGUGGACGUGGUGUUCGCCAACCGCCCCGACGCCAACACCCCCAUGGAAGAAAUCGUGCGCGCGAUGACACACGUGAUUAACCAGGGCAUGGCCAUGUACUGGGGGACGUCGCGCUGGAGCGCCAUGGAGAUCAUGGAAGCCUACUCGGUGGCCAGGCAGUUCAACAUGAUCCCGCCGGUGUGCGAGCAGGCCGAGUACCACCUCUUCCAGCGCGAGAAGGUGGAGGUGCAGCUGCCCGAGCUCUACCACAAGAUCGGCGUCGGAGCCAUGACGUGGUCCCCGCUGGCCUGCGGCAUCAUCUCAGGGAAAUACGGGAACGGGGUCCCCGAGAGCUCCAGGGCUGCGCUCAAGUGCUACCAGUGGCUGAAGGAGAAGAUCGUGAGCGAGGAGGGCCGGAAGCAGCAGGGCAAGCUGAAGGACCUGUCGCCCAUCGCGGAGCGUCUCGGCUGCACUCUACCUCAGCUCGCCGUGGCCUGGUGCCUGCGCAACGAGGGCGUCAGCUCCGUCCUCCUGGGAUCCUCCAACCCCGAGCAGCUCAUCGAGAACCUGGGCGCCAUCCAGGUCCUUCCAAAGAUGACAUCGCACAUCGUGAACGAGAUGGACAACAUCCUGGGAAACAAGCCCUACGGCAAGAAGGACUACAGAUCCUGAAGCAGCGCAUGACGCGCCGGCCCGCACGGUUCGAGCAGCGCGGA